GAUUUUUUCAUACCCCCUUCGUGUUGUCUGUGCGAAAUCGAUCAGGUUUAGCGAGCAUGUUUUUUAGUUAUUAUUAUUAUUUUAUUACCAGAGCACAAAAUGAUCAUAAAGCGAGGAAAGGAGAAAUCUGAAGUAACAAUUAGUGGCGAUUUAAUUUUUAUACUUUAUCACUGCUUAUGUUUUGGAGAUAAAUGAAAACCACAUUUGCAGUGUGACUGAUUUUUGUCUUCGAUAUUUGCAUGGCGACGCAAUUGUAAUGAGAGCACCGUGAGGACGCAUUUAUAGAAAUCGUGUUUAUGUCUUGCACACAGAUGCAGAUUUUACUUAGAAGAGCGGAAUUUAGCUUCCAUUGAAAUUUAAAACUUACUGCAAAUGCGCCGUGGUCACGUGACGUGGAGCGUGUUCUCUCAUACAGGCACUGGAUUCCAUGACAACCGCGGGAGCCACUGUCUGACAAAUGUGAUUGGCCAACGUGGGCGCUGUGAUCACAUGUUCCGCACGGUGGCGUAAACUUUAGAACUUCGCUUGCUUCUUCGAGCCAUUUUAUAUUUGUUGCACUGCAUGAAGCACUUAUUUGAAUAGAUGUUGCAGAAACUUAAAAAUACUGAAUUUGCUGCUGUAAUAAAUCUUCAUUUCAUGAUACUAAUAUCACUUUGUUCAUAAUUAAAAUAUAGAAUGAAGUGCCAUCAGAAACAGCCUUGUCAGUUCUGUAUUGGGUUGGCUGACCCUUGGAUCAUUUGACCGGUUCUUUGUAUCGCUGCCUUUGACAAGUUAUUUUCUCAAUGACUACAACGACUUUUUGUGCUCAUCAUUCAAUGUGACAUGCCUGCGCGGGAAUCCGAGACAGGUCCACCUCGUCAGGUGCACGAACUCCGAAAGCGGGGAGGCGCAGGAAGGCAAGAUCAGAAACAUGGUCAAAAUGGGAGACACGACGAACCAAUUAAGCCCAACCGGGCCACUGACGAAGUCCAUAUAUGUCAGAAAACCCCUGGAAAUGUACCCGCAGUUCACUCCAGGGACGAUUCAUUUUGGCUGUUGCUUGUUAUGCUACUUUCUGUUCUCACCAGGUUUUACAAAAUCCUGGAACCACCUCACGUAUGUUGGGAUGAGACUCACUUUGGUAAAAUGGGAAGUUACUACAUUAAUCAAACGUUUUUCUUUGAUGUACAUCCACCUCUUGGAAAGAUGCUGAUUGGGCUGGUAGGGUACCUGACAGGUUAUGAUGGUACAUUCCCAUUCCUUAAACCUGGCGAUGAGUAUGGACAGCACAGUUACUGGGGCAUGCGAGCGUUCUGUGCUCUUCUUGGCUCAUGUUUGCCACCUUUUGCUUAUCUUAUUGUUUUGGAAUUGUCCAAGUCACUUCCCGCUGCCAUGAUUGCUGCCUCAUUACUGAUUUUUGACACGGGCUGCAUUACAAUCUCCCAGUAUAUCCUGCUGGAUCCUAUUCUCAUGUUUUUUAUUCUGGGAUCAGUUCUGAGCAAUGUCAAGUUCAACUGCCAUCAUAAGAGGCCCUUCUCUACUCUCUGGUGGAUGUGGCUCCUUCUCACUGGAGUGAACUUGGCAGGAGCCCUGGGAGUUAAAUUUGUAGGUCUGUUUGUUGUCCUCAUGGUUGGACUCAACACAAUCCAUGAUCUCUGGAGGUUGUUGGGUGAUGCACACCUCUCCUUGGUCCACUUUGGCAGGCACUUGCUGGCUCGAGUGUUAUGUCUUAUUCUGCUCCCUGCUGCUCUGUACAUAUCUAUAUUUGCAGUUCAUUUUAUAGUUUUAAGCAGAAGUGGUCCUGGAGACGGCUUCUUUAGCUCUGCAUUUCAGUCUCGACUCACUGGGAACAACUUGCACAAUGCCUCUAUGCCUGAAUACUUAGCUUAUGGGUCAUCGGUUACUGUGAAAAACAUCCGCAUUGCUGGCGGAUAUCUCCACUCACACUGGCAUCUGUACCCUGAAGGUGUUGGUGCGAGACAGCAACAGGUCACUGCAUAUUUACAUAAAGAUUUCAACAAUGUGUGGAUUGUAAGGAAAACAGAAUCCAAACCAGAGGACACCAUGGACCCUGUAGAAUUUGUCCGACAUGGUGACAUCAUUAGACUGGAGCACAAAGAAACAUCACGCAACCUUCAUAGUCACCUGCAUGAGGCACCAUUAACCAAAAAGCACCUUCAGGUCACAGGUUAUGGAAUAAAUGGCACAGGGGAUCCAAAUGAUUUCUGGCAAAUUGAAGUAUGGGGCGGUAAGAAAGGGGAUUUAAUCAAAGUACUCCGUAGCAAGCUGCGAUUUAUUCACAUCUCCACAGGGUGUCUUCUCUUCUCUUCUGGGAAGACUCUGCCAAAAUGGGGCUGGGAGCAGGUAGAGGUGACAUGUAGCCCAUACUUGAAAGAGACCCCCAGCUCUCAGUGGAACAUCGAGGAUCACUUCAACACAAAAUUGCCUAAUAUUAGUUUGGAUGUUUUAAAGCCCAUGUUCCCUGAGAUUUUAAUCGAGUCCCACAUUGUGAUGAUCAGGGGAAACAGUGGUUUAAAGCCAAAGGACAACGAAGUGAGUUCCAAACCCUGGCACUGGCCAAUCAACUAUCAGGGUUUAAGGUUCUCUGGGGUGAAUGAAACAGAAUAUCGAGUGUACCUGCUGGGAAAUCCUGUGAUCUGGUGGUUGAACCUCUUUAGCCUUGUAUUGUAUGCCUUCAUGGCUGGGGUGGCUGCUGUGCUGUUAAAGCGAGGGAUUGCUCUGAGUCAAGAAGCCAGACAGCGCUGCAUGGUACUUCUUGGCGGUGGCCAACAGAUGUUGAUGGGAUGGUUGCUUCAUUAUCUGCCAUUUUUUACAAUGGGACGGAUUUUAUAUUUCCAUCACUACUUUCCUGCCAUGUUGUUUAGCAGCAUGUUAACAGCAAUAACGUGGGACAUACUGCUACAGAGCUGUGAUUUAAUUGUUCCCUUUCACCUGGCUAAAAGCGUUUAUCAAGGAGGACUUGUUUUUCUGGCUGCACUGGUCCUGUACAGCCCAAGAGUGGAGGCGGACCCGCCCUAUGGAAACCCCACCCCUUCUGAUAACCCCGCUAUAAAAGAGCAUAACCAGAAGUCGGUAUUCAUUUAAAGGAAUGUGACUGGCCACAGAAGCAUUGAAAUUAAAAUUGCUAAGUUUCAGUGAAUGCUUGCUGUUCAUUUUUUUGAUUUUGUUCAUUUUUUUUAACAUCUUGCUGUCGUUGCUAUUAAAUGGAACCCCAAGACUUUACCCUGUACUGCCUCUUUUCUCCACACA